AAAUUUGUUCAGUGACUCUAGCACAAAGGACAAGCGGAUCAUUCUGAGUUUUCAAGGCACAUCGCAAAACCACUGAUGUGAGAUUAUAGAUACUCUUGUUACAUUUUACAUCUGAACUAAUUUUACAGGCAACUGGUAAUAAGUAACUGUUGACUAUGGUCAUGUUGCGAGGAAAAGCUGCCCUCAUACGCAACAUGAAAGUUCGAACAGUUGCAGAAGGUCAGCAGUGUGGUUACAGUCAUCGAACAUGCACUCAGAACCGAAUUGAUGGCUAUGAAUACUGCAUCAAGCAUAUUCUAGAAGACAAGUCUAGUCCUUUCAAGCAAUGUAGUUAUGUUGCACCAAAGACCAGUCGUCGGUGCGCAAAUGCUGCUCCAAAGUCAGAUAGAAAAGAUGGCAGAUACUGCAUGGAGCAUGCCAAGAAAACAGCAUUAGCAAGACAGCGUGCAAGUCGUAAACAACGUCCACCUGAGACAGCAGAAACACUUUUAGAAGAGUUAGGCUCUUCAAAUACCAUUGGCCCUGAUGCUACUACAGAUGGCAAGCUGCGCCUGCCAUAUGACAGUAUGGCCAGCAGAGCUCUUGAAUAUGCAAGCUCCUCGGACUCUGAUGCUGAGGCUCCCUUGGUAGACCAGGCAUGGCGGCAUGACAACGACAGUGAUGCGGAGAGCAUUGACAGUGACCAGGAAGAUCCUCUGAAGCAUGCAGGUGUUUACAGUCAAGAAGAGGUUGCACUGCUGUUGCGGGACAAACUGAUUCGUCUUCAGUCCCUAUACAUUGAACAGUUUAAGCGUUUACAACAUGUGCUGAAGGAGAAACGUCGCAAGUUUUUGCAAGCAUACAAACAAGAACAUGAAAUAUUAGGGAGCAUUCGUGCUUACAAGAAUGAUAGCAGUCAGCAUAAAAAAUAUUCAAGACUGAGAGCCAUGCAGCGAUAUCACAGAUUUUAUGGGAAGGAGGCCCUUUUACACCAGAAAUGCAAUUUGCGUCGCAUAGCUGUAGCAGAAGGCAUCAAUUAUCGUCCUCCAACAUUUACACGUUGCAUAGCUGCAACCAGUGAUGGUCGGUGUAACAGAAGGGUAGUACCAUUGUCAAAAUAUUGUUCAAAGCAUAUCCUAAAUGAUGUGCAUCAGGUGCUUUUUAGGCCUUGCAGUUUCCGUGGAAAUGCAUGCUCUGAACCUGUGUUUAGUCUGGAUGAAUUCCAUUUUGUCCACGCCAUGCAGCAUUUACAAAUGAUCAAGCCAGCAGUGCCAGGGCUACUCAGACAGAGUCAGAAACUAGCAGAAAAAUGUCAAGGAGAGAUGCUGCUGUUUCCUGGACACGAUGCGACGAUCAAGGAGGUGAAGCCAAGUCAGAUAAUCCCAAUGACAGUGUAGAUUGUGCAGCCUAUGCCAGCAAUCUUGAAGUCUUGUCUGCCUCAGCAGACUUUGGAAAUAAUGGAACAAGUCUGUUGUCUUCCGAAUAUAAUCUGGACACCAACAUGGACACAGAAGAUCUUUUAAACAUGUUAGAUGGUGGAUUUUUAGGGACAGACAUGACUGAAACAGAUGAUUUGUGAGUUUUCUGGAAAGCAGAAUGAAUAGCACUGUUGGUGAUCAAGAUUUUAACACCUUGAAAUGAUGUACUAUUGUGUUGCUUAUGUUUUAACAAAUAAAUUUAAAGGCAAAUUUU